AUGUUUGAUGCUGUUAGUUUGGUACUGUGGGUCCCAUCUUAUAUCCAGGAUAGUUCCUCAGUCCUGGCGAAUGGUUUCAGCCUGAAACGUUGAAUUUCCUGCUCCUCGGAUGCUGGCUGACUUGCUUUCCCAGCUUCAUAUCUGUCGCCUCUGGCUUCCAGCAUCUGUAGUCCUUGCUGUUCCCUCGUUCCUCAGUCUCUCUUGGCCCCGAAGGCGGUCAAAGUCAGUCUUUAUUCACUCGCGCUCUCUUUGUGCUCCUCGCUCUUCCCGGAAAAAGGUGGAGUGAGCAGUCUCCAGGGUAACGGGGCGGUCUUUACAAAUAUUGGCUUCUAGUCUCGGGUAAAAUCGACAGAGAAAUAGCAGACUGGAUGGCAAGCUGACAGAGAGCAGACCAGCGCCUGCUACCUUGGAGAAUUCCACCCGAACCCUGCGGGAACUCUCAAAACCAUCAUAAUGGACGAUAUUGCAGGAUGAAUUUUGACAAGACAGGCCUCUCCUGAAUGAUGCUUCACAUCGACAUCAUCGCAAAUGCAUCAACCAACAACACCUGUGCCGAUGAGUCGAGAUCCGUUCACAUCCCAAUUAUCUUCAUGACUAUUGGCGUCCUCUCCAAUGGUGUUGCUCUGGUCAUUCUGGUGAAGGCCUAUAAAAGGUUCAGACAGAAAUGGAGAGCAUCCUUCCUGCUGUUUGCCAGCGGACUGGUCUGCACAGACUGCUUGGGCCAUAUCAUCACUGGUUCCAUAACCAUCAGGGUGUAUGCCAUGAACAAAAACUGGGCAAGGAUUGACUCCUCGGGACAUCUCUGCCCAUUUUUAGGAACCAGCAUGGUUUUCUUUGGCCUCUCAGCCUUAUUCCUUGGCAGCGUCAUGGCAAUUGAACGGUGCCUGGGCAUCACUCAGCCCCUUUUUCAUUCUGCCAAGGUGACUUCACGCCGUGUCAUGUUUAUCCUGGGUGGCACUUGGCUGUUUGCCCUGGUAAUCGCUUUGCUCCCUGUUCUCCAAUUUGGAAAAUAUACAGUUCAAUGCACUCAGACCUGGUGCUUCCUAAACACAAAGGACAUCAAGUUUGGGGUGGACAGUGGAAUUCUGCUCCUGUUCUCGUCCUUGGGAUUGACUGCUCUCAGCAUUUCCUUCCUGUGCAACACCAUUAGUGGCAUGGCUCUGGUGAGAAAUCACAUGAAGAACAAGCUCAACAGACAAGGGAAAUCACACCAUGUAGAAAUGUUGGUCCAAUUAAUGACCAUAAUGCUUGUCUCCUGUGUUUGUUGGGGUCCAUUCCUGGUAUCCGUGGCAACAAUAGGCAGCUUAAAUGCAAGCCCAGAAGCAAUAACUUCACUUCUCUUCAGUGUUCGAAUGGCUGCCUGGAACCAGAUCUUGGAUCCCUGGGUUUAUAUCUUGCUUCGGAAAUCAGUUCUAAAGAAAAUUUGGAAAAUUACGAACAUGUGCAUGGGGAGGCAAAACAUUAGACUUCACAACUGGAACUGCAGCUCACUCCAAAGCACCAUUAAGUCAGCUGCUAUGGAAAGCUCACUGACUGCAGUUAAACGACAGCCAGAGAUAUCGAGAAUAAAUUAAACCAAGUGAAAGUUGUCUUUAACCAUGUGUUAUAUCAGGGCUGUCAGAGCCAUAACUGGACUGUGGAGGUCUCCAAACCCUGUCAAGUCCAGCCUUCCAGCUGUUCAGCCUCAAUUGUGCUUAAAUUUCUCAUUGGCUUACCUGUGCCCUCCUCAAGCAUUGUGGGUCUGGAAGGUUUGAAAAAUAAAUCACAAAUCACAAAACCAAGAUCUGUUAGUAAAGAUCUCCUGCAGAAUACAUGCAAAUGAGCUGAAACAUUAAUUCACAUUUUACUCAUGGCUCAUAAAGUUGUGCAAUAUUCACAUUUGGGUACAUGAAGCUAACAAGGUUGGACAUCAUUACAAUUUAUAAUUGAUGUAUUUGUACAGUUCACUGUAAUAUGUUGGAAGUUUUCAUAUUGAUGCUGUCAGACAGAUAUAUAUGAGCUGUCUUUACCACUUAUGAUUUCCAUAAAUAUAUAUGCACUUUUAAUCUGCUUCUCGGGCUCUGGGAGAGAAAUGUUCAUACAGAAAUCUGUGAGCAUAAUUGCUGGUUUCUUUUGGAAUGCAAUAGCUCAAGGAGCAAGCAGUGGCUCAGCAGGCUGAAUGGCCUUUUAUAAUUUUGUGACUUCUCAUAUCUGUAUGACGUCCUGACAUACUCCUCAACCUGUGGAAGACUUUUAACAUGAAAUUUAAUGGGUAGACACACCAGCCUGCCAGACACAGAAAGAUCCCAGUCAUGGCAAUGCAAUGGAAGAGUUGAUUUGUUUUGGCGGUGUUGGUUUAGGGAGGCCUACUCAUCAUGCUUCUAGGAGGAUCGGCUGCUCUUUUUAAAACAGUGCCAUGGGAUCUUCUGCAUAAAACAGGGUCCUCCUGUUAAUGCAGCACUCUGCAGGUACUGCAUUGUAACUUCACCUGCUCAUGUUCUGGAAACAUCUGAACAUUGCUGGAUGGAAAAACGUAGCACAAGCUUUUUUACCUUCAUUCAUUAAGCUGAAUCAGCAUUUAUUGCUCAUCCCAGAUUGCCCAGAAGGCAGUUGAGUGUCAUCCCCAUUGCUGAUGGGUCAGGAGUCACAUGUAGACAUGAUGGAUGGCAGUUUCCUUCCCCAAAGGGCAUUUGUGAACUAAAUGGAUAUUUUCCCCUGACAAUUGAUACACAGUCAUCUGUAGACUCUUAAUUCCACAUUUUUGUUGAAUUCACAGUCCAUUUUCUGCUGUGGUGGGAUUUGAACUCAGCCCCCCAAAGCAACACCAGGGUCCCUCAAUGAGCAGCCCAGUGGUAAUAUGACUAGGCCAUUGGCUCCCCUACACUGUUGACCUUACUCACAGUCACACAAUACUGGAGACAUUUGCUAAACAAUCUCUAGCAAUCCACCUAGAACUGAACCAGGCACAAGGUGAGAAAAACUCUCAAUGGCAUAUAGAUUUGGAAAUCAUAGGUUCAAAGUCUUUCCAAACAUGUUACAUGCACUGCACGUUAUUUCUCAGACUGCUCAUAACCUCCCUCAUUUCUCCUGUCACUUGCUCCCAAUCAUUGGUCAACUCUGGAGUUUACAAAUGCCUUCAUGUCAGGGUUCAAGUCAAUAGCACAGACAUGAGUCCUUGAUUUUACAUGAUACCAUUGGCAGUCACUGUUGCCACAAUGUGGCCAUUGAUGUUGGCUGUUGAAAGUAAGUGGUUGUACUGUUGCAAUGAUUCUGUGAUCUGAGGGCAUCGUUGAAGGGUCAAUGCCCAGAAAGCAGCGAGGAUUUGGAAUCGACAAACCUGCAAAGGCCUGACCUCGUACAAACCUAAAAAAUAUCAAUGCUUUGUGAUUUGGAAAAGAAAAAGACCAAAAAAAGCAUGAUUAGGUUUGAAAGAUUAUGAAAAAUCAUCAAAGUUAAUCACUCAAGAAGAGCAAUAUAGGGAAGUCAUUUUCAGUUUCUGCAUGUGUCUGAAGAUCUACACAGACACGCUGAUCAUGAAGAAUCAGGCUAAUAAUAUUUGAAGUUUGUGCUUCAGAUUACAAAUGGUUUUUCCUUGUAAAUAUUCACUCAGUAUGCUUGUUUUGAUACUUGCCAUAUUUAUUUAUUUCUCUGUGAAUGUAACGGCUGAGCCUAAGCUAGUGGAGCAAACCUGCUUGAUGCCAACAGUGGUGGGGGGAGGGGUGGGGAUGUCAAGUUGGCCACUCUUGCCACACCGCGCCUGAUUUUUAUUUCCAUUCAUUUCAACGGAAGAGGCACAUAAAUUACAUUUAUGUAGUGGCUUUCACAUCUGCAGGACCAUCCAUAGCACGAUGUAGCUCAUGAAGUACUUUCAAAGUUGCAGUGUAGGAUAUGCCACAACCAAUUUGUAUGCAAUGAGAUUCUAACCUGAUGUUGUUUGGAGGAUAAUUAUUUCCCAGGGCACUGGGGUGAAUGCACUUACUCCUUUUGUAAAUAGCAUCAUGAGGUACUGUAUUUUAUAUUCAUUUGGGAGACUAGACAUGGUUGAAGUUUAAUGUCUCCUUCAUAAGACACUCUCUCCAACAUUGCAGCACUCCCUCAGUACUAUACCGGAGUGUUCAGUUUGUAUUUUGUACUCAAGAGGUUGGAGUCAGACUGGAACCCCCAACCUCUGACUCCGAGGUCACUCAGAAUGAAAAUCGUGUGCAGUGUGACGAGGCAGUCAACUUGACAUACAUGUGCUUUGCUCUUCCCUGUCUGAUCAAUUUCUUUUCCCGUUCUUCUGUAAGGAGGGUUAAUGCGAAUGAAUUCUUUAAAUUAAAAUCACUGAGAAGAUUUUCAUAUGCAUUGCUGUUCGUAUUUUGCUCUGAUCACCACCAACAGCAGCACACACCUACUGUCCUGCUCAAAAUGUUGCAUACACUAGAAAAUCAACUUACCUUCCAGGCUAGGGGGAGAGGCUGAAUAGGCUGGGGCU